AUGGCGCCGCCAUGUGGCACGGCCUCACGAGCUAGAAAGGUUGAUGGCGGGCCCCCGCCCCUCCGAUCAGCGCAGUGCCCGGACGGCUUGUCCGGCCUGAGCCAGAUGGACGAGUUCAAGGUGCAGCAAGCAAACCUCACAUAUCAAUUAGUUGCGGAUGUCGUGCGUUACUGCGUUGCCAACGAUAAGAUCUUCGCUGUAGAAAACCCGCUUCACAGCUACUUGUGGCAGACCUCCUUCUGGAAGUCCGUGUCGAAGCUAGCGCAAUACGUGUGCUUUGAGCAUUGUGCGUAUGGUGGCAGGCGUCAGAAGCAAACAGCUAUAGCUCACAACUGCAGUGCGUUUGAAGAGCUGGCUCGGUUCUGUCCGGGGCCACAGUGUGCCGCGCAACACUUGCCGUGGGGCAGCGACGAAACAGCCCCGAACGGAUAUGCUACGUCGCAGGAGACUGCGUACCCGCCUCGUUUGGCGGCCCACAUCGCACUCGCGUUCAUCAAAAGCAUGGUGCGGCGAGGUUGGGACAAGCCACGGAUUGCACUGAGCAUGGAAGAAGACAAAGUAGCUGCCGCUGCCGAAAGGGCAAUUGCCGGCUUGCAAAGCAAAGCGUCAAAGUUCCCCGAGCCGCUGCCACAGCCAUGUGCACCUGGCCAGCGUCUUGAGCGGCCCUUUGUGCCUCCUGCAGGAACUAUCGCCACGCCUGCAGUCGAGAGUGUGCCAGCCAAGAGUCAACUCCUUCGAAGUACUCCCAUAGCGGUUAAAGUAGGGGAUUGGGUAGCUAGAACAGGGGGUGAGGCUGCAAAGCCAAGGUUCGAGCAGGCAUGGGGCGUCCCACGCACCGAGGAAGAGUUUGUCGAUGCUGCAGUGAAAGCUGGUCACCCCAGAAGCUUUCAGGACGUGCUGCCAGAAGUGCUCCAGAAGGCCGUCCACAUGCAGGAGACCUUGGACGACCAAGCCCUCGCAAAAAUGAGGACGUGUUGGAUCGCCAAGUGGGCCAAGCGGGCAGAACAGCUCACACACCAAGAAGCAGAGCUAAAGAGGACCUUCGACUUAAAGGCUGCGUACCGCCAACUCGCCAUUGCGCCCGAGUCAUCUUGGGCCAGUUACGUAGCGUGCUGGGAUGCUGCGGCUGCAGCACCAAAGAUCUUCAGAAUGCGUGCUUUACCCUUCGGAGCAAGUCGUGCUGUGUACUCCUUCUUGAGAAUCGUAAUGGCGGUGUGGUUUAUAGCUGCUGAUCAGCUUGCAAUACCUUGGACCACCUUCUUUGAUGAUUUCAUUACUUUUUCGAGGAAGGCCGGAAGCAAGCACUUGCAGCGCACAAUCGAAGCUUUCUUCAAGCUGCUGGGCUGGUCUUUCGCAGAAGACGGAGACAAAGCUUGCCCCUUCGCCUUAGACUUUCAAGCCCUGGGCAUUAAGAUAAGCUUGAGUCGAUUCACGGACGGCACAGUGUUUUUCUGCAACACGGAGAGACGAGUGUUGGAGCUGAAGCAAACGCUACAACAAGUCCUUGAUUCUGGUUUCCUCCCUCAGGCCCUCGUGCUGAAGUUGCGUGGUAGGAUGCAGUUUGCUGAUGGCCAGCUGUUCGGAAGGACAGGAAGAGCCUGCAUGCAGGCAGUAACCUCUCACGCGUGGGGUGAUAAUGGGCCGGAACUAAGUCAGCCUGCGCGCCUAGCGAUCAAGAAGUUCAUGUCCAGGUUGUGUGCUGAUGCUCCACGCGUCAUUUCAGUCAUGAGCCAAGCUCCUUGGUUCGUCUUCACGGAUGCAUGUUAUGAAGCGGGGCAUGCCAGCUGGCCUUGUGGUUUAGGGGGUGUCCUUUUUGAUCAACUAGGAAGUGCUGUCGACUUCUUCUCUGUCGGGUUGGGGGCAGAAGAAAGGAGGUUGCUAGGCGAAGGCCGCUCCUCCCAGAUCAUCUUCGAGGCUGAGCUGAUGGCGCUCGUAGUAGCUCUUCGCAAGUGGGGGCCCUUGUUGUGCACGCGACUCGUCAUGUGCUACGUCGACAACAAUGCCACACGCGACGUAGCAAUAUCGGCUACAGCGAGAACAGCGGUCCCGUCUGCACUUGUGGAAAUGUUAGUCACCAACGAGGAAUGCAUGGGAUUUUACCCAUGGUAUGCCAGGGUACCCUCUCCGUCGAAUGUAGCUGAUAGGCCUUCGCGGGAACUACUCAAUAGCUUCGUGUGGAAAGGUGUCAGCCUGCCGAAUUCCAGCGUGGAAACCGAGCUUCGGGAAUGCUUUGACCAGUUAAGACAGUUGACGGUAAAAUAG